AUGGGCUUGGGGAUGGGGAGCACCUCCGCAGAGGGACACCAAAGCCAUGCAGGAGCUCGCCUGUUCGUGGGACCACCGAGGCGGGGGGGAGAGGGGGGCUGCCUGGGCUACCAGCACCCCAGGACGGCACCCCGAGAACACGCCUCCCGCGGGCUCGCCGGGACGGUGGUGGCCGAGGGGCACGGAGCUGGCACGGCCCCCCCCCGUCCUGCCACAACCAGCACCCCCCUCAAGGCACCCGUCCUCCUGUCCCACGCGGCACACCCGGCUCCCCCCCCGCCUCGCACCCACUGCUGGGAGCCAGCGGCCACCCCGGGCAGGGUCACCGUGACCCCGCGGAGGCCAGCGUGGCCCCGGGGCGGAGGGGACCCCGGGCCUCGCCGCCCCUCGGUGGGGCGGGGGGCGAGGCGGCUCCCGGGCCCCGCCGAGAACAAAGUUAGCAGCGCGCCAGCGCUGACGCCCGGUGCCAUCUGCUCGGGCAGAGCCGGGCUGCCGGGGGAGCCGCCCGCCCCGCCGCCGCCGCCUCCCCGGGGGUCCCGCCACCCCGGUGCUACCCGUCGCCGGCUCCGUCCCGGCACCCCGAGCUGCCCCGCUCCGCCCCCCACCACCACCCCCCGCAGCCCCUUCCCCGCCGUUAUCACGCGAGCGCCGCCAACUCCCCCGGGAGCGGGGUCACCGCUGGCCCCGCCGCACCGGCAGCCCCUUCGGAGAGCCGCCCCGUCGACCCCAAACCCGAACCCAGCCCCCGGGGUUCUCCGGGACGGCGGCACACGGCCGAGCGAGCGGCACAUCCCGGAGCACCCCGACGGGUGCAGCACCCCGAAGGGGCACCCCACCUUGCAGCACCCCACAGCGGAGCCCCGCCGGUGCCGGGCCGGGAGCGGAGCUGUGGCUUUAAGAGCGGCCGCUCCGGGGCCAUGUGCUCGGCGCCAAACAAAAGCAAUAACAAAGGCGGCCGCCGGGCCCCGCCGCCGCCGCCGCCGCCCGGGGCAGGUGCCGCCGGGGGUCCGGGGGUCGGCCCCCGCCCCCGCCCCGCUUCCCCCCCCCCGCCCGCACCUACCUGCACCGAUGGCCUGGGCCGCCGCUCCGGCUCACACCGAGCCGGGCCCUGCUUACCGACCCCGGGUCCGGCAGCGGGGCCCGGAGGCUCCGGCAGCGGCGGACGGAGCACCGCGGGGUGUCCAGCGAGUCGGGGACGCAGAACCAGCCUCGGCAGGAGCCACCGACUCACGCCCGGCCGGGGACGCAGGAGCCCCCCCAAGAAAGGACUAUGGCCGGGGCAGCCCCCGCUCUGCCGGCGAGGCCCCGAGGGGCGGCAGGGCUCCGGCUCCACCGCCCUCCCCGGUGCCCCGGGCAGCCCCUGCCGCGCCCCGCCCCCCGCUCCCCGAGGGGCUCCCCAAGAACCGGGGGCUCCUCCCACCGCCGUGCGGCUGCCGGUGCACCGGGCCCUGCUGCCCUUUACGGCCGCCACCACCCCCCGAGCCCCGGUGCCCCAUGCAGCCACCACCCCCGCGCGCCGGGCCCUGCGCUCGGCCCCGGCCCCGGCGCGCCGGGCCCCCGCCUGCUCCGGCCAUCCACCCCCUCCAAGCUACCGCGCACCGGGCCCGGCCCGGCCCGGCCCCCCCCCCCGGGCCCCGUUCGCUCCCUCGCCCGUCGCACCGGGCUUCGCUCGUCCCUGCAUCCGCCCGCCUCGCACCGGGCCCUGCUUGCGCCCUGCAAGGGCUCUGCCUGCCGCCCUCCCCGGUGCACCGGGGCCGGCCUCCCCACCCCGCUGCACCUACCUAGGCUCUACCUACCUCCUUCCCCAAGCCCCGGGCCCUGCCCGCCGCCUUUUCCCGGUGCACCGGUCCCACCGGCCCCCGGUGCACCGGCCCUGCCCCGCGCAACCCGG